AUAUUCUUCCCGUAAAAGUUGGAGGACUCCUUUGCUGUCUGGGCUUCUCCAUGAGAGAUUGGGAGGGGAAUGCGGAGGAGAAGAAAGUGCACGAUCGAGCGGCGGUUUCAUAAGGAGGAGUUUCGCAUUUUCUCUGAUUCCCUCCCAAAGCUUGUAUUAGUCUAAUCUUUUCUCUGCCAAUCCUCUUCCUACUCCGACGCGGCGCGAGAACCCUAAGCAUGUCUCUGGUUUCGGAACUUGAAGGCCCUCGCACUGCGUUCGUCGUCUUUCGCGCGGAAUCCGAGGCAGAUUCCAUCUCUCCGUCUCAUUCGAUAGCCACGGCGAUACCCGCGCCGGAGCCAGCCGUUCUUCCUUCUGAUCGGCGAGAACAUGCGCGAGAUUCCGUUUCUUUUUUCACCGGCGGCAAUGCUUCUGAUGUUCCUGCAUCCGAGAGAGGAAAUAAGCCGGCAUGGGGAAGGCCGACAAAUGGAGCUAUUGAUACUGCUCCGGCGGUUUUGGGAAGUCCCUCUUCUUGGCCGGGUCUAUCGGAAUCCGCCAAAGCCUCUACCAAAGCUUCAUUGGACGGAUCAUCCGCUGCUCUGGGGUCGAACUCCCUUCCUAUGCAGCGGAAAUUUGCUAACCGUGACGGUGGAAAUAGUGGUGAUGACGUUGGAACCAGUGGUAGCUUUUCCAGUAACGGUGAACCCACAUCGCCUUCUUCAAGUUCGGCGGAAAUCUCUCAGAACAAUGCAGAAAGACAGCCUGAUAAUGGUAAUUGCAGCAAUUGGGACCACCGCCCGCGGGAGUCUCAUGGCUGGGUCGAUCAAGGGGAUCGACGAAGGAGACAUAGUGGCAACAGCCGCAGGGGCAACUAUGGAAGCAAGCGUGAUGAGGGCCGUGGUGGUCGUGAUUGGAAUUCUUAUAGGCCUCCGAUUGUUAGAGACUCCCACAUGCCGCGGAGUCACCCAAGCCUGCCAGUCAUGCGACCACACAUGCCUGCUAUGGUGCCAUUCUUUGGCCCUCCGCUUUUCCAACAUUUCCCUGGUCUCAUGUUCUACCCUGAUAUUCCACCUCAAAUGUAUUUUUUCCCAACUUACCCACAACGCGAACUUCUUGGAGGGUAUCCAUUUGUUCCACAACCAGCACCUCCUCCAACACAGCAGCCCAUAUUUUUCCCAUCUGCAGAACAAAAACGCACUUUGAUAUUGAAGCAAAUCGAGUAUUACUUCAGUGCAGAUAACUUGUGCAAGGAUUUAUUCCUGAGAUCCAAAAUGGAUAGCAAUGGUUGGGUUCCAAUUAAUUUGAUUGCUACUUUCAAUAGAAUUAAGCAGCUAACAGAUAGCACCCCAUUUAUAUUGGAUGCAAUCAGACCCUCAAAUGUUUUGGAAGUAGAGGGUAAUAGAGUCAGAAAACGUGAUGGAUGGCAGAUUUGGUUACUUAACAGGCACCAAAAUGAAUCGGAGGACAGGAAAUCCGAGCAUGGCUCUCAGACAAACCAGGAAUCUCUUGUUUCCCAGAUGGAGACCAUUGCCCUCAAUGAGGGAAAUACUCAGACCACUUGAAGAAUUCUUCAUUUGGAUCAAGAGCUGGUCCUAAGGAAACUUUGGACUCUUUGCCUCCUUACUCUGACCCUUUGAGGGCGCCUUCUCAGUAUCAUUGGUGAGCUAACCCCUCCUUCCCUCCCACCAGUCUUUGGUCUUUCUUCUUUCUCUUCCUAGCGCAGUGCA